GUUGGUUGAGCAAAAGUAAAAACUCUUUUACACACUCAGAACCAUCUACUCACUGGUCCUUACGGUACCUCCAUCAUUUUGUUGCACAGUGCGCCUUGAUUCUCCAGACUUUGAAUAGCUGAUUUUUCAAUGUCAUUGUACAUUUCCCUAUCUUCUGAGCACCAAUCCCUAAAUAACAGCCUAUUCUUCGAUCGCUAUCAGUUAAUGCUCCUCAUAGACCCCUUCAAGUUCUGUGCCACAAUUGUAAAUAGGACACUGGAUGGGUUAGGUGACUUUCAAUUCAACAUGGAAGCCUUGACUUUUCACACUGCCUUGACUUUUCACACUUGGAGUUCUAAGCAAAAAAAAUAUAUAUUUAUACAAGGCAUAAUAAACUGCCCCUGCACCAAGAUUGGCGUUAUUUAGUUGAUGGCGAUCCAUUCGUAUUUGAUACUAUUAUCAUCAGGGUCUGUAGCGACUGGUGAAAAAUAGGCUCUUGAUCCAGGUUUAUCCUCGGG